CUGGUACCUAUUUUUGUCACGUUAAACAUGAAAUCAAAAUAUUGCGAUAUUGUGUUCGUUUUGAGGUGUCAUGAAGACACUCUUGAGGAGCGAUGAGGAGUAUUUGUUAUUUGACCCGGAUAAACGAAACGUCACGAUCGAAUCAACCAAUGAGAAACCAUAAUCUUUUUUCCUUAAUUUCUGGUUAAACAGCAGUUAAAUGUGCCUUUGACACCACUAACGGCGUUUUUUGGCGUUGAGUCUCGUGUCCAUAACAAUCAUGUAUUUUCUACCGAUAUUUCUCAUUUCCAUUCUUGUACCAUGUUCCUAUACAGAACCAAAGCAGGUAAAAUUCCCUCGAGAAUUUGUAAAGUUCCUUCAUAAAGCUGGAAUCCCAUUAGGCAGUGUGUUACGCCGCAACCGUCUGUUCCACCUAACUGGUGUGUCCGCCAUAUCUGCUCCGCGGUAUGACGCAACUUCUAGACCCCAGGCCAUGAGUGAUACUCCAGAGCAUUCCAAUGGCGUCAUAACUACGCAAUUAAACAACCUGCCAUACAUUCCAAGCGAAAGCCAUUGUAAGCCGAGACCAGUCGCCUUCAGAAUACCAAAGAGUGUUCACGUUCGCACCUACCCUGAUUAUGUCAUCCUCAACCGCUGCACUGGAAGUUGCACGGCCAAUCAGGAGACCCAACACUGCGCUGUAACAGCACAAGACGCCAUUAAUGUUAAAAUAUUUGAAAUAGUAGGCGACCAACCUUAUAUUACCAAUACUGUCAUCUACAAUCACACUGCGUGUGGCUGCGAUUGUAUCACUAAGGAGAGCGAUUGCGAUCCACAGAAACAAACCUGGAACGAAAACACCUGUGGUUGUGAUUGCAUCGCCAGCGCAAACAGUUGCGCAGCCAACCAGAAACUUGACGACAAAAAAUGCGUGUGUAAAUGCAACGAAGCAGAAAAACACUGUGACCACGUACACAAAGUGUGGGACACCACGAACUGUGGAUGUCACUGCAAAGCCAUUCUUCAAGAUCACUGCGCAGCUCAAAACCAGCUUAUCAAUUCAACUACUUGCGAGUGUAACAGUGUUCACGCAUGAACGCUUGCGUGACUUUAUUUUGUAUCAUUGUGAUUCCUUUUACGGUGUCACGCAUCUACGCUCUUUAGGCAAAACGCUACUAUGUAUCUACCAAUAGCGUAGUAAAGUCAAUUUCAAAAUGUUUUCCUCGCAAUUUCAUAUUCAUAGGACAAUAUUGUGAAAGCAAAUGGCUAGAAACAAUUAAGGUGCCACGUUAUUAAAGUUAAGUUUAACUUCAACAA